UCAAAAUAAAAAUAAUGGGUACAUGAGACAGCGGAGAACUGCUCUCCAUUUUUAUCUACAACAUACGCAGUCGUAUCUAUUGUAGUGUGAUGGAGACGAAAGUACUAACAUAUUCAAAAAUGACGUUGCUUCGUCUGCGCAGGAAUCUCGUAAGGCCCGUUAUAGGUUCGGCUAAAGCGACGUUUUCUAGUGCCUCUGCAGCUACCGCUUCCUCCAGUUCGUCAUGCCGAAACCGGGGAGAGAAAUGGUGGGAUGUUGAACUCCCAGCUGCAGAUCAUGUGCCUUCUUCUAGUAGUAGUACUGAUGUUGGUUCAUCAAAAAAUACAAGUAGAAGUACUGCGACUAGAAUCGGAGGCACUCUCAACGAUUUUCUCGGUGGACAGGUGCACCAACCCACCAAGAGUUUGUCAUCGGCAAGUAAAGGAGCAAAAGCUUUUGAUGACCCUUUUUUCAGCUCUUUGACCAAGCAAAUGCAACGGUACGUCCGCAAAACGGCGCCAACACGUGCACACGAACAAGAGAAAGAUGAAUUCUUAGUGAAAUUGGCGAAGAUUCUCGAGUCUGUCGUUGGAGACAAUGCUCAAGUCGCGCCUUUUGGCUCUGUUAUGAACGGUUUUUGGACGCCUUGUUCUGACAUAGACUUGUGCAUUCGUGUACCUUCAGGAGCCUCAACUCGAGCUGCGCAGACGAAGAUAUUGUUAAGGGUUGAAACAUUUCAUUUCUAGAAGUAAUUUUUCACUGUUUCCACCCUGAGAAAGUGAGAAAAGGAGGCAAGAAAUGAAUUGUCUCAAACUCUAAUGUUGAAAAGAGUAGGAAACGAGUUGGCGAGAGUCAGUUCGCACUUCAUCGAGCCUCGAUUUGGAGCCAAAGUACCCAUUAUUCAUUGGGCUCCGAGGCAACCUGGUAUGCUGUCCUGUGACAUCAGCGUGAACAACGUGCUGGCGGUACUGAACAGCAGACUUGUGUUAAGUUUGCAAUUGUUAUUGUCUAGUACUGAAAUCAUGAGUGAUAAUAGAGAAAUCGUUUUUGUCUAGUACUGAAAUCAUGAGUGUUGAUAAUUAUCAUAAUUAUAGUUACUUAGAGAAAUUCACUGUCCUCCUCACGAUUCUAGAGGCGUGUUCAUCUUGUGCGAUCUCGUCGUCGCUCUAAUCUUCGGCGAAUACGUUCGUCUCGACAAGCGUGUGUACGAGGUGGGCAUGUGCCUCAAGGCCUGGGCUAGCACACGAGGAAUCAACGAUCGCAGCCGCGGAACACUCAGCAGUUUUUCCCUAAUUCUGAUGCUCAUACACUAUCUCCAGGACCACUGCGCGCUCUUGCCAAGUCUGCAAGACCUAGCCAUUGCUCGCAAUUAUCCUCCGGUGUAUGUGCAGGGCGUGGAUACACGGUAUUGCACAGAUCGGGAACAAAUUGCGGAUGAGAUUCGAUUUUUGCAGGAGAAACAGAAGGAAACUCUCUUGCGACGGCAUGGAACUAGUGACGUCCGCAAAUUAUCGAGUGGAUACUUGCUGGCGGAUUUCUUCAAGUACUAUGCGUACGAGUAUGCACAGAGUGGGCGGACAGUGGCGAUACGGGACGUGAGGAGCUACGCUUCGUUAUGGUGGGACACUGAUAACUAAAAUUAUAGUCAAUAUUCUUGAACCUUACUACACAUUUGCAACUGCGUUAGGAGUUCUCGUAAUCUUUCUGUUUUCCACCGGUUCUCCUCUUCAUCUAACCUCCUCAAGCGGAGCAAGCCUCUCAGGAGGAAGCACUUACCUUUUCAUCGACAACCCUUUCGAGAUCGGCAAGGACGUGGCGAACGUGGAGGUCUCAUUGAUGCGUUCGAUUCAGCGAGAAUUGCAUCGCGGUGCACAUUUGCUACUCAGUAGCGAUAGUACGGGAACUACGGGGACUGGAGAAGAUAGUGGUAAUGCUACAGAAGAUGAUAGUGAGGUAGAGGAGUUUCCCAAAAGCAGUGUCUUCGAAAAACUCAUAGAACCUUGGGAUCGGGGUUUGGGCAUGAACUCUUUUCUCUCCAUGGAUUAUCCAAUGCGGUGAGGUUGACCUAGUCGUGAAUAUGCGCAAAAAAUAAUGAUGAAGAUAAACUACAGUUUUGGGGAUGAAGAUCGAUUACAUCUAACGAAAAUGAAUCAAACUAACUCACUCUGAAG